AAGAAAAAUCUCCAAAUGAGAAACGAUAAGCUUUUUUUUUUUUUUUUUGGUAAAAGAAACGAUAAGCUUUUCUUCUGCGUCUUUCUCUUCUUCUUCUGCCUAGAACUCAGCAGAGGACAGAACAACGGCAAAACCCAAGUCAAUGUCGGUGUUGUAACGGAUGUCGGUACUUCAUACUCGGAGGUUGCCAUGCUCUGCAUCAACAUGUCUCUUGCCGAUUUCUACUCUUCUCGUCCCCAGUUUAGGACAAGGCUUGUCGUCAACGUUGGUGACUCCAAAAAGGACGUUGUAGGUGCCGCAAUUGCAGCUCUUGAUCUAAUAAAAAACAAGCAAGUGAAAGCAAUUUUGGGGCCAUGGACAUCUAUGCAAGCUCAUUUCUUAAUCGAGAUUGGCCAAAAAUCGCAGGUUCCUAUUGUUUCCUUUUCUGCAACAAGCCCAUUUCUUAAUUCCCUUCGUAGUCCAUACUUCUUUCGUGCUACGUACGAAGACUCCUCUCAAGUGGAAGCCAUAAAAGGCUUCAUCAAAUUAUUUGGGUGGAGAGAAGUUGUGCCAGUUUACAUCGACAACACCUUUGGAGAAGGUAUCAUGCCUCGUCUCACCGAUGCAUUACAAGAUAUUAAUGUCCGGAUACCUUAUAGAUCCGUUAUCGCUCUCAAUGCCACGGAUCAAGAAAUCUCCGUGGAGCUUCUUAAGAUGAUGAACAGGCCCACAAGAGUGUUCAUUGUCCACAUGUACGCUUCUCUAGCCUCAAGAGUCUUCAUUAAAGCAAAGGAGAUUGGUUUGAUGAAAGCAGGAUAUGUCUGGAUCCUUACGAAUGGAGUUAUAGAUGACUUAAGUUCGAUAAAUGAGACGGGUAUUGAGGCUAUGGAUGGGGUAUUGGGUAUAAAAACUUAUAUUCAAAAAUCCCAAGAUCUUGAAAAGUUUAUAUCUCGAUGGAGGAAGAUAUUCCCACGGUUGGAGCUGAAUGUCUAUGGAUUGUGGGCUUAUGAUGGUACCACUGCGUUAGCCAUGGCCAUUGAAGAAGCAGGAAUAAAUAACAUGACUUUCAGUAAUGUGGUGGAUACGGGGAGGAAUGUUUCUGAACUUGAAGCUCUUGGUUUAUCUCAAUUCGGUCCAAAGCUUCUCGAAACGCUCUCAAAAGUUCAGUUCAGAGGACUUGGAGGAGACUUCCAUUUUGUCAACGGGCAACUGCAACCAUCGGUGUUUGAGAUUGUCAAUAUGAUUGGAACCGGAGAAAAGACAAUAGGAUUCUGGACGGAGGGAAAUGGUCUUGUGAAGCAACUAGAUCAACAACCAAGUAGCAUGAGCGCUUUAUCUACUUGGCAAGAUCAUCUUAAACAGAUAAUAUGGCCUGGAGAGGCUGAUUCUAUUCCGAAAGGAUGGGAGAUCCCGACUAAUGGGAAGAAGUUGCGCAUUGGAGUUCCUAAAAAAAUCGGUUUCACUGAUCUCGUGAAGGUCACAAGGGAUCCUAUCACCAAUUCAACUAUAGUCACAGGUUUCUGCAUAGAUUUUUUCGAGGCUGUGAUUCAAGCAAUGCCGUAUGACGUCUCUUAUGAGUUCAUUCCUUUUGAAAAACCUGACGGUAAAGCAGGCGGUAGUUACAACGAAUUGGUCUACCAAGUUUACCUCGGGAGAUAUGAUGCAGUUGUGGGAGAUACAACCGUACUGGCAAACAGGUCCUCUUAUGUAGACUUCACAUUCCCAUUUAUUAAAUCAGGUGUGGGAUUGAUCGUCUCAAUGACAGACGCAGUAAAGAGAGACAGUGUUAGUUUAGUGAAACCCUUAUCAUGGAAACUGUGGUUGACUUCCUUUUUCUCUUUCUUCCUUGUCGGUUGUACUGUGUGGGUUCUUGAACAUACAGUUAAUCCGGACUUUCGUGGACCGAAAAGAUUCCAAGCUAGUACCAUCUGUUGGUUUGCCUUCUCUACCAUGGUUUUUGCUCCAAGAGAAAGAGUAUUUAGCUUUUGGGCGAGGGCCCUGGUUAUUACAUGGUACUUUCUUGUUCUCGUGUUAACUCAGAGUUACACAGCUAGUUUGGCAUCGCUUUUGACAUCACAACAACUAAAUCCAACCAUAACCAGCAUGAGAAGCUUGCUUGAUAAAGGAGAAUCAGUGGGUUAUCAGAGAACAUCCUUCAUCCUUGGAAAGCUUAAAGAAGAAGGUUUCCCGAAAUCUAGGCUUGUUCCCUUUGAUACCGCAGAAGAAUGCGACGAGCUUCUAAGUAAAGGAACAAAAAAAGGUGGUGUCGCAGGAGCUUUCUUGGAAAUACCUUACUUGAGACUCUUUCUUGGCCAAUUUUGCAACACAUAUAAAAUGGUUGAAGAACCAUUCAAUGUUGAUGGAUUUGGCUUUGUAAGUUCCUAUAUCAGAACUUUUGUGAAAUUGCAUUAAAUGGUGAGA